UCUCUCACUCUCACUCUCUGUCUCUCUGUCCCUCCCCAUGUCUUCCAUCCAAUUGGCAGGGGGCAUAGGGGAGGUAGACCCAGGGAGCUAACCUACGGAAACUGUAGACGGUCCCUUAUGCAUUUUUAACAGCUCAGCAGGUGAUGGGAACAGAGCGGAGGGACAGUUUGUCCACAGAUAGAGUGACCAGCAACUGAUCGGGCUGGUCAUGUGACACACACCCUGUGUCUUGCCCUGCCUUACCGUGACCCUGGCCGUAAGGAGACGAAGUGGAAGGAGUUCAACCAUCAAGGGCCUCGUUGUCAUGUAUCUGUUCCUCGGUAGACUGUGUUGAAGGUACUGAAGCAGAAAUGCCGGGGGCCAGUGGGGGCAACGUGGAGGGCUCGUGCCAAGCCCUAUGCCAGACCCUGAUAUCCCAGAAUGGCCUCCAGAGGGAGACGGCUGACAUCUCUCAGUCGGUCCUCUACACCUCGCUCAUGGGCCUGCUCCUGGUCACAGAUAAUGAGAAAGAGCAGCUAAACUUGGGGAGUGGAAGAGUUGGCCUUAGGAAUGUAGGAAACACUUGUUUCCUGAAUGCAGUGGUCCAGUGCUUGUCUCACACGCCCGGCUUGAGGGACUACUGCCUCCUCAAGACGUUCAGACAGGAGAAGAGCUCCAAGGAAGAGGCUAAACUCAUGGAAGCGUUCUCUCGGGUGCUGGCGGGCCUUUGGGACGUGGACGGGGAGGACACAGAGGUCAAUCCACGACAGUUUUACUCGAUCUUCAAAGAAACAGUGCCUUACUUUAGCGGCUACAGUCAGCAGGACGCCCAGGAGUUCCUGCGGUUCCUAUUGGACAGACUACACACUGAGGUCAACAGACGUGUGUGUGUGCGACGAACAGGCAAGGAGCCUGUGCAAAAAUAUGCCAAAUUCAGAAUCUCAGAAGAGGCCGCGGCGAUGUGGAAGAAACACUUGGAGCGAGAUGACAGUAAAAUAGUGGACCUGUUCUCUGGCCAGCUGCGCAGCUCCCUCCACUGCUCCGUGUGUUCCCACCACUCCAACACGUUCGACGUCUUCUGUGACCUGUCCCUCCCCAUGCCCAAGAGGGGCUCCGCCGGCGGGGUGACGCUCAGGGAGUGUCUGGACCUCUUCUCUCAGGAGGAGAAGCUGGACAAGGAGAACGCACCGAUGUGUGAGCGGUGUACCAGGCGAACACAGAGCACCAAAAGGCUUUCCAUACAGAGGUUCCCUCAGGUCAUCGUUAUCCACCUGAACCGUUUCACCAUGUCCCGCUGGUCCAUCAGUAAAAGCACAGUGUGUGUGUCAUUCCCACUACUCAACCUCGACCUUGGACCCUAUGGACCUGUUGACUGUGGUGCAGUGUUGUAUGACCUGUAUGCCGUAUGUAACCACUCUGGGACAGUGAACAUGGGCCAUUACACGGCUUGUUGUCGGGAGGACAAUGGAUGGUGCUUCUACAAUGACUCCAGUGUGACUCCAGUCUCGGAGAACCAGCUCCAGACAAACCAAGCCUAUGUGCUCUUCUACCAGCGCACUAACAGCAAUUCCACUUUAAGGAAAUAAACCUCACGCCGGCUGGAUGACCUUAUGACAUCUUGCGCAGCCAAUCAGGGCUGCUUUACCUCAUUGUAUACCAAACUAGUAGACACAGCUUUACACUAGCUCUGGCACCUCUGACUUUGUCAGCUAAUGCGGACUGAAGUGUUCAGUUUUCUCGUUACUUAAGGGAAAUAAUGAGGAUACCUGAUAUGUAAGAAGGCACUCGAGGGAAUUUAGAGGGAAAAGCUUUUCUCGUUGCUUACAGAAUAUUUUGAGCUGUACUGGCCAGCUCUUUCCUCAAGGGACCUAGUUCUACAAAUAGACACACUCUCCGUUUGCUGCUAUGAUUUAUUUAGGUUGGCUAGAUAUCAAUGGACUUAAUCAUGUGGAUAUAACACCUGGAGUAUGUAGAAGUUAGAGGAUUAACUAUGGCACAACUUAAAGAUUCAAAUCAGGUUUAAGAAGUCUUGAAAAAUAGCUUUAAACAUAUAAACUGAAUGUAUGCCAUUGUAACCCAUAUUUCAACAUGACAGUUAGUUAUGUUAUGUACUAAAAAGUGUUAUUUGUUCUUUAAAGGACUUAAAUACAGUAAUUGCUUGACUAAUGCAUACAUUGGGUUAGACACCUUUUUUUAAGAUAUAUUUUAUACUUCACUGUUCCCUGACAAAAUACUGAAUAUUGUGACAUUUAGAUGACCGCAACUGACCACCCUGUAUUAUACCACUCUGAACCAAAAAUAAAGUUCCAUUUUACAA